AUGUCCACUGCCGGUAUUUCAUCCAAACAACUCGAUGAGCAUUUCAUGUCCACUGACGGGUCUGCAUACAAACUCGAUGAUCAUUCUAUGUCCAGUACCAAGUCGACUUUUGACUUCAGAAUCUUUCAAGUUGGUGGGAACGGACGUGUGACUGAGGAAAUUGUUAAUAGAGGUGGUUUUGGUCUUGACGAUAGGUGGAAGACUCAAGGGAUAAAGAGUAUUUCCAGGUUGAAGGGCAGAGCGAAAGAUAUUCGAGACAAUGUGGAUGGGAAAAAAGAGACGAGAGAGAUGAGGGAAAACGUGGGGAGGAAAGGAGAGAUGAGCGAGAUCAGGGGAAAAGUCAGGGAGGAAGAAGAGAUGAGCGAGGUUGCAAAUAACAUUUUCGGCAGCGAGAAAGGUUCGAUCAUGAACCAAGAUGGGAAGAGAAACCAUCCCAUCGAGAAAGAGGAGGUCACGGGCGAGAGGAAAAUGGACAAGGUGAGAAACAAACUGGAUCAAGUGACUUUUCAACAUGUCAAUGUCCAUCGUCCAAGGGGUUUCAGUCAUAGGAGACACGAUUCAUUAGCACCAGAGCCCCUAGACUUCCACGAGACAUCCAUCGAGUUCGACCCAACCUGCGACUUAGUCGUCGUGUUUCCAGUACCGUUACAAGUUGAAGAAUCAGCCUUACGCACCUUGGGUCGAAUCGGAGAGUACUGUAUGCUCACCAGAGGGAAAGCGCGGAAAAUGAUACCAGAAAAAGAGGAGUUGGAACAAGGGCGGGUCCCAGAGGAAGAAAUACCAACAAGUUCUUCGAGAAGUACCAUUUCACAUGAUCUCACUUCUACCACCACUACCCCAGAUCCGCUGAAUGAAUUAUUGCAGCAGUUGUCACAAUUGUUAGCCAUUAUGACGAUGCAACAAAAGGAACAAAAUGCAUUAAGGGAAGAACUGGCUACGAUGAAAGCUGACCGACAGAACCAACAGCUACUCACAUCGAAAGGGGCAAGUUCGAUCAAAAUCGAAGAAAACAAGCCGUAUUUGGAGCCAAAACUUACCAACAACGAACGAACAGGAAGAACCAGGUGUGCGGAUCCACCUACCUUCAGUGGAGAACGAGGAGAAUUGGACAACUUCCUUGCAGCAUGCCACAUGAACUUCGAAUUCAAAGGGGCCGAGUACGCCACCGAUCGCAGAAAGAUCCUGUUCAUGUACGGGUAUCUUCGAGGCACCCCUCAAAUGCUUCUAACCCCGGCCAUAACCAAUCCAACCAUACAGGGCCUGAAGGAAGAGCUACUGAAGGUGGUAGUGGUAAAUAACACCGACCCUCGAACCAAAUCGGACUGGAUCUAUUUCAAACAGCAUGUGAUAGGGACUGAGGAGAACCAACGGAUGGCUGAAACGAUGAUUGCAGCGAAUCGAUGGGCUGCUAGACGCAAAAAUGAGAUGACCUGGCUUCCCCCUCGAUCGAAUUCGAUGCGAUUGGAUCCUAGUCCGCCCAACACGGCAGAACGCCACUCACAAUCGACUGGUAGAGGACCCUUGCCCGGUGGAAAACCAGGGAUGAUGAAUUACGGUCUACCAAACGACCCUCCGGUCACUUGGACAGAGGACGGAGGACGUCUCAGCGAGAACGAAAUGACUUGGAGAAGGGAGAACCGAUGUUGUCUCAAAUGUAGGAGUCCAGAACAUUACGCCAACAACUGUCCAAAUGGAGGAAAUACGAGGAACAACAUUAGGGGAUCCCCAAACCCGCAUAGCUCACCAAUUCCUAGUGGAUCGAACUCGAUCCCAACCGGAUCCAAAGGGCCAUUAGUUCGAGGAAUGGCGGUGACCUUUGAAGAAGAGGGAAACGAAUACCUGGCCUAA